UCUCUCCACGUCUGCGUUAGCAGAGGAACAUAAAAAUGUUUAACUUUUUCUUUCGUUUCUUUCCCUACAUGUUUUGUGUAUGUGUGAGUCGUGCACUCCCGAGGAGAAAGUUUUUGACUUGUUGACAUGAAGUUAUUGUUUUCAAAAGUUUGGUUUGUGUUUACGUGUUAGAUACAAACCCGCACAUCUGGAGAACUUUCCCCCAAUCUGUCUCUUGGAUUACAUGUUUGUAUUUCGUGUGAUUUAGUUAUAUUAUCAGUUUUUGGAUUUUGGAAUGAUCAACUAUAGGUAUUUCAACAUAAGUGAAUUAUUUCUCUGGGAUUAUAACGCAGGGAUAAAUUUGCAGAUGUUUGUCCUGUCUACCUUCUGCGUCUCCAAUUGUUUCGCUAAAACCUACGUCUGCAUCAGCGUCUGUUGAUCUGUGAAUUGGAUCUGUACAUUUUUGUCAUUGGAUCUGACCUGGAUACAAAUCAGAUACAAUAUAAGCACUAGAAUUGUUUUUCUUUAAAGAUGUACUCCAUGCCAUGACCUGGUCAAGAACUCAUAAUUCCGAACGACAAUCUUCUUUACGUAAUGCUAGAGAUCCAUCGGGGUGAACUGACCCCUAAAUGGCCUGACCGGCAGGGCUUGAAAUCAAUGUUGACCACUUCCCCUCGCUAUUCGAAGCGCAUCCUUACUUGCAUUCAAAGAAGCUGCUAGGCACUGGUUUAAACAAGUUUAGGAUUAUCUACACAUAAACCAAAUAAACAUGUCUGAAUUUGUUUCGUUAGGACAAGUAUUAUCAUAGUAUUUAUUAUCUAGAACAAUCAGUCAACAAAACACUUACUGAUAUCUGAUAUCAUCUUAUAACGCAGUCGUUAUAUAAAAGAGUUGUUUAUCUUUCUAUAUGAAAUAAUUAUUUAUCAUUAAAUAAACUAUCCCGAAUUGUCGCACAAGUCAAUGAUAGAACAUAUAGAACAAUCCAUCAUGAUCUCAGGAACUACUUACAGUGAACAAGCGCCAUAAAAAAAAAGUCCCAUAUAUUUACUUUUCAUAUGAUUCAGUUUCACAAAGCAAAUCAUUGUGCACCUAGUUGUCUUAUAGAAGAACUGCUAAAUUAAACAAUCAUAUAUUGAAACAUCAUAUAGAGAGAUCAUCCAAUAGUAAAAAAAUAAUAAUUCUUCAACGUAUUAAAAAUGACCAUCGAAUAGAAGCUUUAUUUAUUAUGUUUUCUAGUAUACUAUUUACCGCUAAGUAUUUCCUACCAGUCGUUUUAAUAAGUUUGUAGUUAUUGUAUCUGUCAGUGCACAAUUCGUUGAUCUGAUUUGUUUCGGUUAUUCAGCCGUGGAUGUGAGUUUUGUGAAUUGUGAAGAUUUCUGUUCGAAUCAAGGAGGUGAUGAGAGUGUUGGUUUUCUUUCGGUACUUGGAGUUUACCAGUCUGUAGAGUGUCAGCAUGGGCACGGGGCAGACAACUCACCUGAGAUAUCUCUCUGGAUUACUUCUCCGGGCAGCGCUGGUGCUCUUCCUGUUCGCGAAGGGGUUCGCGGUGGUCUACCACCACCGCAUAAGUGACCGCGUCAUGACCACCCGCUACGGGAAAGUCCGCGGGCUGGAGGUCACCUUUCCCGGCAAUAAGCUCAGGCCGGUGGAGGCUUACUUCGGGCUUCGUUACGGUGACCUUGACGGCGGCGGGAUGCGGUUCAUGCCCCCGAAGAACCCCAAGGAGCAGUGGAACGGGAUCAGGGUGGCCAUGAAGCAUCAGCCUGUGUGCCCCCAGCCCGUCAAGCACGAGCAGGAGUACAGCAAGCAGUUGCCCGAGGCCAGAGUUGCCCACCUGAGGAACAUAACGCCAUAUUUGACUGACCAGAAGGAGGAUUGUUUAACUCUGAACCUCUUUGUUCCAAAGCAAGAGUGGAACGACACAGCACCAAUGGCUGUCAUGGUGUUUGUACAUGGAGAGAGCUACCAAACCGGAACCGGAAACGCGUAUGAGGGGAGCGUGCUGGCCAGCUUUGGUGACGUCAUUGUGGUCACUCUGAACUAUCGUCUAGGAGUACUUGGUUUUUUAAGCACUGGAGACCAGUCGGCUAUGGGAAACUACGCUCUCCUGGACGUCAUACAAGCGCUUCUGUGGCUCAAGGAGAACAUACCUAGCUUCAACGGUGACCCCCAAAGAGUGACCUUGUUCGGACACGGUACAGGGGCGGCUAUCGUCAACUUAUUGCUUCUUUCUCCUUUUGUGUACGAUUUAAGGGGGAACAUCUUUCAGCGGGCCAUCAUUCAGAGCGGAUCGGCCAGCAGCACCUGGGCCAUGUCCUACGACCCUAAAUGGUGCACCGAGAAGCUAGCCAUCAAAGUCAACUGCUCCAGGCACAUCGCAAACACCAAGGACCUGGUCCAUUGCCUACGCGAGCGCUCGGACGUCACUCUGGUCAACGCUACGCCGAACGCGCCCAAAUACUACUCCUGCUUCGCCCCGUCUAUCGACUCGUGGACGGUCUUGACGCACGAGGUGGACAAGCUCCUGCGGGAGCCGAACUCCAAGUUCUCCACCGUACCGGUGAUGUUCGGCGUGACCAAGAACGAAGCCUACGCCUACCUGAAUCAAGACGACAUUCGCAAGGGGAUUUCCGAGUUCCGGAAGGCGCAGAUCAUUCGCACGUACGUCCAGAACGUAUUCCGGUACCACAGGCAGAAGAUCUACGCCAUCCUUGACCACCUUUACACUGACUGGACGCGCCCGCCUGACCCAAAAUCCAACCGCGACAGCAUCCUGGAGCUUCUUAGCGACGGUCAGUUCGUAGCGCCUCUCGUCCAGAUGGCCAACAUCCACUCUGAAACGGCAGACACCUAUCUCUAUUCCUUCGCUUACUCCACGCAGUCGGAGACACAGAAUGAGAACGAGGAAGACGUUCAAGGUAUUCACGGAGAUGAACUGCCCUACGUGUUUGGCUCCCCGCUCGUGGACGGGGUCUCCCCCUUCCCCACCAGCUACACGAACGCAGAGAGGAUGCUGUCCGAAGCGGUGAUGACCUACUGGACCAAUUUCGCCAAAACUGGAAAUCCUAACGAGCCUCGCAACCAGACAUCAGUAUUCGGCGAGAAAGUCAGUAAUCGUUUUGUGGAUCUGAAAUGGCCCAAGUAUACCAAAGAUAAACAGGAGUAUCUACCAAUUGAGUUUUCUGACUCCCCAGGUAGACGCCCCGUGGUGCGCAGCCACUACCGUGCUCUGAAGAUGGCAGCCUGGCUGGAUCUCAUCCCAAAGAUUGACAAGAGCGACGGAGGAGACCAAUCCAGCCACCUCCUGGAGCAGUCUGACAAUAUGUCCACCUUUGACGACCCCCUCCACCUGAUACCUAAUUUCGACGGCAUUUUCCCUUCCCCUCCUCCCAUGCCCCCGGUUCGGCCUACGCCCAUGCCCAGUAGCGAUGUUCCCUGGACCACGCAUUAUCCAGACGUGACAGAGGACAACCCCCUCCCGAAAGACAUGAAGGCGUCGUCGCAAGCGGCUGAAAGCAAAAAAGACCAACACAGUGGCGAGACUACAGCCGAGCCUGAUAAAGGUUUUACUUACAAGAGCUCGGCAGGCGCUGGCGUACCUCUCAGCAUCGUCGUCGCCAUCGGUGGGUCUCUGCUCUUGAUAAACGCUAUUAUCUUUGCUGGGUUGUGCUAUCAAAGGGAAAGAAUCCGGAAAAUGAGACUUCUUAGCAAGCCAUUAUCAGGCCCUGAUAUGGAUAUUGACGAGAUACGUCUUAACCGGAAGCUGGAGUCUAACCGCAGCUCGCCGUGCCCGAUGGGAAGCUCUGGCAACGCUCCUGAGUGUAUAAGCCUGAUGUCAGGGGCGUCGGCUCAUCAGCACGCUACGUCCCCACUGAAGCACACGCAAGGGAACACUCACGUCCACAACCCCAGCCCGCAACCAAGUCUUCACAGCAGGAGGGGGCAGUCACAGCUAAGGACUACGCCCCCAAUAGAGCCCGUCGCCUGCAAUUACACUGCCGUCCCUACACAGAUCACCUCGCCCGUUCACCGAACUCACAUUGGAGUCUCCCAGGGCGGCACGUCCGCAUCCGAUCGCGGGGCGGACAUGAACACCUAUGUCAACAGCAAGAUUCGCUCUCCACUGGACAGCAACCACAAGUCCGAAAGUUGUGGCCCCAUCGGCGGGGGAGGCCUCAGUACAUUUAACCCAGGACCUCGAGGGGGCCCCGUUGCACCGGUAACUGCGCCCAGCGUCCCGAACAACCUGGCUCUUAAUGCUGGGGGCCACCCACCGCCUCCCCCUCCGGCUAGCACUGGGGACGACCCUUUGUAUAAAACUAUCAAUAAAACAGGUCAAAACAACGCUGUAACCAUUGUUUAGCAGCAGCCGAACAUUGAGCUUACUCGAUUCUUUCUCCAUCUACAUUUUGCGUUCACCGAUGGAGUUUUCGAAGAAAGGUCACUGAGCACUAUAUUGAACCAUUUAUGGUUUUAAUCUAAAAAAAAAAAAAGCAUUUGAGGUCUAGAUAAAUCAUAGAAAGAAAUCUACGAAUGCAGAUCUAGUGACAACUAGUUUCUAUUUUUCUACCACAAUCUGCCCAAACAAGUUCUAUCUUUACUUUUAUUCUCGGGUCACUUUCUAAUAUGACUUUAUCUUGAUGUAUUUGCGGAAGGUCCAUUGUAAUAAUUUUUGCUGUUAUGCCUCACAGAAACAUGUUAAUUAUUGAUCAAACUCGUGAGAGUCAUCAAAACAGGGUUUUAGUGUAGAUUCUCUAUUCAUCUUCUUAACUCGCGCGUGGUGGUGUCCACUUUAUACUUCUUGGCGAUGAAGGGAAACAACUGGUUAAAUUUGUUACAACUUUUUGUUCUUUCCCUUUCACACAUUAUCAGAAAAAAAAACGCUUUCGUUCAAUUCUCUUCAUUUUUCUAACUCGUUAAAUGCUAUUAGCAUUUAUUGAAAAUUGGGUGAGGGUUAGGGUUAAUGUAAGGGUUAAGGUUAGGGUUAGUGUGAGGGUUAGGGUUAGUUUGAGGGUUAGCAGAAUCUGCAAUGAAUUUUGGGUUAGGGUUGGGUUAGUGUGAGGGUUAGUGUUAGUGUAAGGGUUAGGGUUAUUGUGAGGGUUAGGGUUAAGUUUAGGUUUAGGUUAAUGUAAGGGUCAGGGCUUAGGUUAGGGUUGGUGUGAGGGUGAGGGUUAGGGUUAGUGUAAGGGUUAGCAGAAUCAUCAAUGAAAUUUGAGAUAAAACUUACAUUUUAACAUAAAUUAUGUUAACCAUCAUUACUUUGUAUCACAAUAGUUGCUUUACAGUGUUUUGACUAAAUUGUCAGCAUUAACAUUAUAAACAUUGUGUCAUAAUUCAAGUGUUUUUUUUCUGAUUUCAAUGCAUACAAUAUCCCAGAAACAAACGCAUACAUGGCCCCAGUAACAACGCAUACAUUUCGUUAGAAACAACGCGUACAUUACCCUAGAAACAACGCUUACAUGACCUUAGUAACAACUCAUACAUGACCUUAGUAACAACUCAUACAUGACCUUAGUAACAACUCAUACAUGACCUUAGUAACAACUCAUACAUGACCUUAGUAACAACGCUUACAUGACCUUAGUAACAACGCUUACAUGACCUUAGUAACAACGCCUACAUGACCUUAGUAACAACGCUUACAUGACCUUAGUAACAACGCUUA